AUGACUUCCCCUUGUUAAACAUUGUCUUCACAAGUCGCAGCACUCAUCUUAUUCUAAUAUAAAAAGGCUUUGCGAGGAAUUACCAAUUGUUUAGUCCACUAUUUGCCUCUUCACCUCUGAAACAUUUGAAGCGAAAAAAUCAAUUCCAUCACGAAAGAAAAUGCUAGCUUCAUCAAAACUCGAAGGUGUUGGUCUUCAUGAGUGAGAUCCCUAAAAAAGAGGUGUCCUUAUAUUAAUUUUACUCUUGUAUCAGUGGUCAAAGUUCCCUCCUUAGUGAAUUUUUUUAUUCUUUUGGCUCCCUUAGUACGGGUUGGGGAUUAACCAGUCAUAUUCUUCAUAAUGGCGGAUCCUCGCAUAACGGCGGAUGCAAUAUCCAGUGAAGAUGUUGAGAUGGAAGGUACUAAUUCGCAUCUCGGCAACGGCUUGGGUGGCAAGGUUGCCAAUGGAAACGGUGACGCGCACCCUCGGGCUGCUGAUUCACUGCAUCACCUGGUCCAAACAAAUACGCCUCAAUUCAAACCAGACCCUGAUGAUACCCAACCAACUUCUUCUCCCCCUCCCUCUCAGGCUGGCUCUAACAAGAUGAGGCCUGCAUCGAAGAAGAAGGGAACUGCGGCCAAGAAAGGUCCUAGAAAGUCUAGGAUCCCCAAAUCCAAGACCUCCAAAAAGGACCCCUCGUCAACUGGCCCCGCGAAUGGCGCCCAAGACGGUAGCUCCGACGAUGAGACUGACAACGGCCCCUAUUGUAUCUGCCGUGGACCAGACGACCACAGAUGGAUGAUAAGUUGUGAUGUCUGUGAAGAUUGGUUCCAUGGAGAAUGCGUCAACCUCGACAAAGAGGUUGGCGAAAAAUUGGUCGAGCGUUUCGUUUGUCCUAACUGUACUGAUGGCAAGCUCAACUAUACCAAGUACAGGAAGACCUGCUCCUUGACAGGCUGCAUAACUGCUGCUCGCCUGUACACUAAGAAUCCUAAAGAAAGAAGCGCCUUCUGCUGCAAUGAUCACUGCGACCUCUGGUGGUCCUCCUUGAUCAACACGUUACCAACCAAAGCCGCCUCCGAAAAGGCUAUCGAAGUCCUUACUCAAGAAGAUUUCGUCGGUCUUCUUGUUAGUACUAUAGAGAAGGGCGGCUGGAAACUUGGUGAUCAACCCUUUGGCAACAUAGACGGCCUUUGGGCUAAUGGUCUCCCCACCCAACCGGGCGUUCUUAGUGAUGAGGAGCAAGCCUUCUUGAAGAGUUCUGCUGCCGAACGCCUCGCGCUUGGCAAUGAAAUCGUGCAGUAUAAGAAGAUGAUGCAGCUCAUAGAUUGGGCCAACCAUCGUCGGCAGCUUGCUAUAGAAGCGAGUAAAUUCGCCAAGGAUAGCUGUGGUUACGAUUGGCGACUCGACACGGUCUCGGUUCGUUAUCAGUUCGCGGAAUGGCUAGAGACCCCAGAGGGCCAAGCGACCUUCAAAGCGGGGAAACUCGAUACACCCCUCGAUCCCGACUUGCAAGGAGACCCGGCCACGCGCGGCAUGUGCGAAAAGAAGCGCUGCAAAUCGCACAACGGAUGGUAUAAGUUACUGAUGAGUGCGGUUCGAACCCUGAUUAAGGAGACGGCGACGGCGGCAGCGGAUAAGUUGAACUCUGAGGAUGUUAUGCGUCAGGCGGCAGAAGCCCGAUUCGAGAGACGUCAGAUAGAGAAUAAUUCGGUGCAAGUCUUGGACGACUGAGGGUUGGGCUGAUCGAUAUCUCGAGAAAUAUUAUUAAAUUAAUAAUAGUUGUAAGGGGAGCGGGCUUGCUUGUAGAUAGCUGACAGCCAGGACUGUAAUCUGCCUACGUAUUGCGGUGUCUUCGUCUGGUUUGAUUGCAUGCUUAAUAAAUACACACAAGCUCUA